ACAAGGUGCUGUGGCGUUUCUCUGACAGAACGAAAUCAGCCUAGAUGUCUUUGGUUGGUAGGUGCUGAUGUAUUUUUGACAAACGGCGCCUCUUCGUGGCCAUAAACGGCCACGAUUAAAUAAAUAUCUAUAUUAUUUGUAUUAAUUAAGUCACAAUUUGAGACGGAUAAGGGCAAAGACUUGCGUUCAUCUCUAUUUUUUAUUUGAACAUAUUAGCUCUUGUCAUAUUUUAGCCAUCGCUUACUUAAGGCUACCAAACAGCUUUGAUAGUUGCGCUAGCUAGAUGACAGCAGCAGCAUGGACUGACUGCGUAGAGGAGGAAAAACGCCUAAUCAUUUUCUUAAUUUAGAGUCCAUGCUACUCGGCCGAACAGUUGCUUCGGGUUUCGCUUUUAUAUCUAUGGCUAAAACGAUGACCUCGGUGGCAGUAACCACAUCCCGUGAGCUCCAGGGUCUGCACGGCUCCGGGAGCCCGCGGAAGAAGCUGCAGAAGCUGCUCGGGGUUCCAGGCUAUGGUCCCAACCGUGUUAACGACCUGCUGCUCGUGCGGCCCGUUUCAGACGGUGAGAGCAACUCUGAUCUGAUGGAGAACAGUAACAAACAUGUCGUGUUCUUCCACGGAGACAUUCAGAACUUCCAGGAGGAGAUGGCUCUGCAGCCAGAGGGAACCCAGUGGUUGUCCUGGAGUCUGGAGCAGGUGGCGCUCAUCCUCGCCCAGCGUUUCCCCGACAGUCACGUCUGGGUGGUGAGAGCCUCUCGCAUGUAUCUGCACAAGUUCAGCUGCUACCACAAUUUUGUGGAGAGCAACAUGUUCGGGGCCCCAGAGCACCGUCCCUACUCAGCCAGCUCCGGAGCUUUUCACCACCUCAGGGCGCUGUUGAGCAACGGCAUGGAGCGAGCCAAGCUACCCGCCCCCCUCCAGCCUCUGGGGGGCGCUGACAGCAUCCCCUCAGAGUUCUCCUUGACUCUGGUGGGCUUCAGCAAAGGCUGUGUGGUCCUGAACCAGAUGGUGUACGAGCUGCCCGGGGCCAGCGCAGACCCUCAGAUGUCUUCCUUCGUUAAACGCAUCUCGGACAUAUUCUGGCUGGACGGGGGUCAUCCGGGGGGCAGCGAGACCUGGGUGACCGACAAGCAGGUGCUGAAGGAGCUUGCUGCAAGCGGAGUCUCGAUCCACGCCCACGUGACUCCGUACGAGGUGUGCGACCCCAUGCGGGCCUGGGUGGGCCGCGAGCAUGGACACUUCAUAAAGACCCUGGAGGAGUUCGGGGCCUGUCCCAGUAAGAAGCUGCACUUUGAGGAAGAGCCCCCCUCCAUUGAGAACCACUUUAGGGUCAUCCAGGCGUUUUAGCAUCAUUUAUCAUGUUAUUAAACGUCAGAUCGGCUGGUGUUCAGCCAGUUUUUCAUUAUUAAAGGACUCAGAAAGGAGAACACCAGUAAGAUAACGGCGUACCCUAAAACACAAUAUGCACGCAUUAAAGACAGCUGCCAUCCAGUCUUCCCUUUAGAUGAAACAUAACCUUCAUUUGACUCUGAAACAAAUUAAUUCAUGUUAAUUCUUUAUGAGGGAGUUUCUUUCAGAUUUUGUUGUGAACCUGACGUUUGGCUCAAGUAGAGUUUAAUAAGUUCUUCAGGUACCUGCACUUGUGUUGAGCUACUUUUAGACGUGUGAAUGUUCGAGUUAGACCUGGAUUCAGUUCAGACUUCAUCAGCCGAGCUGUAAGCUGACUGGUGAUUUAAUGGAGCUCAGACCCCGAUGGAAGAGUUGGUUUCCCUUCAUUCCUUCAGUCCUGUGUUAGUGCAUCACCGUGUAGACCAGGAGACUAAAGACGAACCAAAAUGUAGAAGUUUUAUGUUGCUGCCGCCAUGACAAACCAUGAAUCCACUCAUUUUAUUUAACAAUCUCACCUCCUGGUUCAUUUUAAUAGAUGUUAUUCAAUCUAAGAAAAAAAAUUAUGGUAAACUUAUUUCUUGAAACAGCAGCAGACUGAUAUUGAUUUCCUCACCCAAGUCUGGGUUUAACAAAGGAAUUCUUGCUCUGGAUCCACAGCAGUCACAUUUAAAGCUGCAGGUCACAGCUUAUUUCAGAUUUUUGAGUUAGUCAGACCAUCCGACUCUACGUGUGAACAGUCUACAGCAUAGAGGAUGACUCUGAGAUUGGCGUCGUCCUCGAGCAGAAUUAUGAUGUGUAGCUCACUUCAAGAGUCGGAUGAAAUGCGACAUGACCGUUCAGACUGAAGCUGGUUUGAACAUCAGAUUUAGGACCAUAUGAAGGGGGUUUUGUGUUGUCUGGAUCUAGGAUAGGGACAGACGUUUUGUAACCUGUAUCUACAUAUUUGUAAGUGUAACAAAUAUAAAUCUAAGUACAGAUUAAUUCUGCAAGUCUGAAAAGUCAUUUGUCCCAAGUUUUACUCGCCUACUCAAGAACCAAUCAGAUUUCUCUAAUCUCAAACGAUCAGAGGGCCAAGAUUCAGUCCACGACCAAACUUUCCAUCACAUAGAAAGAUGCGGCUUCGAUCGACUGG